AAAAUCUAACUGGCGGAUAGAGGCCACUGCUCAGGAGCGAGUGCAUUUAUAACACCCAGCGCUCACGAGCGAGUGUAUUUUUAACUGAUUUCCAGAGGGCCCCAAGGUAACACCUGUUCCAGCCGUUCUGUCAAUUGGACCCAGGCCGAAAAGAGCAACAAAGAUGAGAAGGUCUUCUCGUUUGCUUGAGGCAACAUCUUUACUUGUGAUCAGCACACUGUGCUUGGUCAUAAUUUUUAUGAAAGAGGACAUUCCUCCCCAAAAAAAUUCAAACCCUGUCCAGAUAAACAGAAGGGAAUCAACCUAUCAAAACAGACCUCAGAAACCAACCAGUGAGAGCGCAGGUGUUUCUACCUGGGGCCAUUGUGAACGGAAUGAGUCUGCGGCCAAUGUGUCAGGGUUUUCUUCUCUGCCUGUUCACAUCCAAGACUUCCUCUUCUAUCGUCACUGCCGCCACUUCCCAAUGCUAUUGGAUGUACCUGAUAAAUGUGGAGGCCCUCACAAGUCUGCUGACGUCUUCCUUCUGCUGGUCAUAAAAAGCUCACCUGCGAAUUACGACCGCCGUGAGGUACUACGGAAAACCUGGGCCAAUGAGAGACUGCAGAACGGAGUGUGGAUCCACAGGAUUUUUCUCUCGGGAACAACAGGCACAGGCUUUGAGAAGCGCAAGCUAAACAAGCUUCUACGACUGGAGAACCGUGAGCAUAAUGACAUCUUGCAGUGGGACUUCAACGACUCCUUCUUUAACCUCACCCUGAAGCAGAUCGUGUUCUUAGAAUGGAUGGACAAGAACUGCCGCCAGGCCCGAUUUCUCCUCAACGGUGACGAUGAUAUCUUCGCCAACACAGAUAACAUGGUGGUCUACCUUCAGAGUCUAAAAGACAACGAUGGUGACAAGCACCUUUUUGCAGGUCAUCUAAUCUGCAAUGUAGGACCCAUUAGAGAGUCAGGGAGCAAAUACUAUGUCCCAGUCCAGGUUCAAGAGUCAGACUCAUAUCCCCCUUACUGUGGGGGAGGGGGCUUCCUGCUCUCUGGAUACACAGCUAUGGCCAUUUACAAAAUGACCCAUACCGUUCCCAUUUUGCCAAUUGACGAUGUCUACAUGGGAAUGUGUCUGGAAAAGGCUGGUCUUGGGCCAGAGUCCCAUUUCGGAGUCAGGACUGCUGGACUUCAUGUCCCCUCCCAAAACGUGGACGCUUACGACCCUUGUUAUUACAGGGAAAUGAUUUUAGUACACAGAUUCCUGCCGCAUCAGAUAUAUAUUAUGUGGCACGGAAUACAUGAACCUAACUUGAAAUGUGGGAAUUCGCAAGGUUCUCUAUAGCCACCUGUCUCGUUGAAAUCAGUUGCCUGCUCAGGUUUGUUUUUCCAGUCUUUUUUUUUUCAAACACGUGUGUGAUGUCUGAAAGCUGUUUCUGUUGUUGUUGUAAAUAUAGCAUUUAGUUUAAAGACUCAUUUUAAGAUGUACAUUAUGGGAUUGAUUGCUUCUUCUUCUGUGUAUGUACAUAAAAAUUAUCAAAGUUUCUAUAAUGUAUUGUUUUAAGUCUAUCAGUAUCCAGAGGUGUGGACUCGAGUCAUGUGACUUGGACUCGAGUCAGACUCGAGUCAUGAAUUUGAUGACUUCAGACUCGA